AUCACUAGUGCAUUGUGGGAAAGAGACAUCGACGGCAGCCAUUUUUGAUUACAGUUAAGAAGGGGAUGGAGAAGCACUAGAGAAAAGAAAAAAAAAACCUGCGAAAAAAGAAAAUCAUAAUACAAAACGGAAACCCAAGUACCAAAAAAUAAACAGAACAAAAUUGUUUUAACGGCUGAUUUGCAAAAGUAGUCAACAAAAGAGUUUUCGUACAAUACCUGCCGAAACAUGGGUUCUGAUAAAAGGGUUAGUCGCACAGAGCGCAGUGGAAGGUAUGGUCCAGACCAGGGUCGAGAUGACUCUGAAACAAGGGAGCGUCGGGAAAGAGACCCAGAACGCGAGCAUGAGCGGCGCUGGAGCGAUGAACGACGAAGUGAGAGAUACGAGGAGCGCAGGAGUAGAGACAGCCCUGAGAGAGAAAGGAAGCGAAGGAACAGUGACAGAUCUGAGGAUGGUUAUCACUCGGACGGAGAUUACCAGGAACAGGACUUCAGGGGAGAAAUGGGAGAAGAGAAAGAGAGCAAGACCAUCAUGCUGCGGGGCCUGCCACUCGAUGUCAUAGAAAGUGAUAUCCGUGCUGCGUUGGAUUUACUGGAGGGCCCCCAGCCUGCUGAUGUCAGACUGAUGAAAAAAAGGACAGGUAUAAGCCGAGGUUUCGCCUUCGUGGAGUUUUAUCACUUGCAAGAUGCUACCAGAUGGAUGGAGACCAAUCAGAAACAGCUGGUGGUUCAGGGAAAAGUCGUGGCCUUGCACUACAGCAAUCCUAGGCAUAAGUUUGAAGACUGGCUCUGCAGCAAUUGUGGCCUAUACAAUUUCCGGAGGCGACUGAAGUGCUUCAGGUGUGGAGCUGCCAAAGUGGACUGUGAAUCAGGCAGCUCCAGUGGAUUGACUGAAGCCCCACAGGGUGGUGAUUACUAUGGCGAUACUAUCAUUCUGAGGAAUAUUGCCCCUCUCACGACAGUGGAGGCCAUUAUGACUGCACUGGCUCCCUAUGCCAAUUUAUCUGUGGGGAACAUUCGUCUGAUCAAAGACAAACAGACCGGCCACAACAGGGGCUUUGCCUUCGUCCAACUCUCUUCGCCUUUGGAGGCCUCUCAGCUGCUUCUGAUCCUACAGGGAUUGCAGCCUCCUCUAAAACUAGACGGCAAGACCAUUGGUGUUGAUUAUGCAAAAAGUGCAAGGAAGGAUUUGCUCCUUCCAGACGGGAAUCGAAUUAGCGCUUUCUCAGUGGCCAGCACUGCAAUUGCUGCUGCACAGUGGUCAGCAGGCCAGACCCAGCAGGGAUCAGAGGGAGCCACGGAAUACAGUUACCUGCAGGACAGUUAUGCAAACUAUUCACAGGAUUACCAGUGCUACUACCAACAAACAGGAGCUUUAGACACUGCACACACGUCUGCAUUGCUUGGAGCUACACCAGCUAUAAAGACUGUUCCUGCAGCCACUACAGUCGUUGUAUCUCAAAGUGCACAGGUCUAUCAGCCGCAUAUACUGAGCCAACAAGCUACACAGGCACAACAAGCUAUUCAGCAGGCAGAAGUGGCUUCCCAGGCAGCAACGGUAACAUCAACAUCAGCUUCAGCUUCAUCUUCAGCAUCAGCUUCAACAUCAGCAACAUCUAGCACUGAAAAUGCCUAUGCUGCUCCAGAUACAUCCACAUACCAGUUUGAUGAGGCUUCAGGCUAUUACUAUGACUCACAGACAGGACUUUACUACGAUCCCAACACCCAGUACUACUACAAUUCACAGACACAACAGUACCUGUACUGGGACAGUGAGAAACAGACUUAUGCACCUGCACCUGCACCUGCUAAUGAUGCCACAUCUGCACAGCAGAGUAAUUCGACUUCCACUUUGAACAAGGAGGCCAAGGAGAAGAAAGAUAAGCCCAAGAGCAAAACUGCACAACAGAUUGCAAAAGAUAUGGAGCGAUGGGCAAAGAGCCUGAACAAACAGAAAGAGAACUUCAAGAGCAGUUUUCAGCCUCUGAGUCAGUUCAGAGAUGAAGAGAAGAGAGAGUCGGCUGCUGCUGAUGCUGGCUUUGUUGCACUUUUUGAGAAGAAGCAGGGGGCAUUCUUGGAGAAGCAGCAGCAGCUGACAUCUGAGCUGGAAAAUAAUGAAGAGGCAGAAAACUCAAAGUGUGGACUCGUGGCCGCAUACAGCGGGGAUAGUGACACAGAGGAGCCUGAACAAGAGAAGAGCGAGGAGGGAACAGACAAGCUGACAGACUGGAAGAAGAUGGCCUGUCUGCUGUGCCGACGGCAGUUCCCCAAUAAGGAUGCUCUUGUCAGACACCAGCAGCUCUCGGAUCUUCACAAGCAAAACCUGGAAGUUCACAAUAGAUCCAGGAUGACAGAUACUGAGUUGGAAGCAUUUGAAGUGAAAGAUACAGAGAUGAAAUACAGAGACAGAGCAGCUGAAAGGAGAGAAAAGUAUGGAAUUCCAGCACCUCCUGUAGCAAAGAAGAAGAAAUUCUAUGCGCCUCCUUCAGUGAACUAUGAACAACCCACCAAAGAUGGUCUAAACAGUGACAACAUUGGCAGCAAAAUGCUACAGGCCAUGGGAUGGAAGGAAGGAAAAGGGUUAGGGAGAAACCAGCAGGGUAUUACUGCUCCCAUUGAGGCACAGUUAAGGAUGAAAGGUGCCGGCUUAGGGACAAAGGGCAGUUCCUACGGAGUUUCUGCUGCAGACUCCUACAAGGAUGCUGUCCGCAAAGCCAUGUUUGCCCGCUUCACUGAUACGGAGUGAGCUUUCUGUUUUUGGGACAUUGAUACUCCUUGUGUGCUUGGGACCAGCCACAUAGCACAUUACGGCAGAGUGGCUGCCUUCCAUCCAAAGGACCUCCUAAUGCUGUCUACUAAGUCUCCAGAGCCUUUGCCAAGCCCACGGGGUGAGCAGUGCUCAAGGCGUCCUUGAACCUGUUGUUGUGGUGUCUCCCCAUCCCUGGAAUAAGUCUGACCAAAAAUGAUGCAUUGUUUUAGGUUGCAGUGAGUCGUCACUGACGCUGACCGCUGAGUGACUCCUGAUGCCACCUGUUCCAGUCUCUGGACAGCACAGGAGGAAUGAGGCAGUGACAACAUGAUCUCAGCCUGUGUUGUAGAGAGCAUUCACACUGUUUGCUCUGGGAUGCUUCUUGAAAAUGUGAUGUCAGGUUGAACUUCCAGUGGUACUUUAACAGAAGCUUUGCCUGUUCUGCAAUGCUUGUUUCUGUGGCCUUGGUACACCAAAACAGUAUAUUUAUGGUAGAACUAGACUUUUGUUUUGCUCUAGUGCUACAGAGGAGGAGAAUGAUAUCUCUAGCAAAGGAAUAUCACCUUGUAAUGUUUGUUUGUAUAUAUGUACAUAUUGGAAAUACUUAUUUUCACUGUAGUGUCCUAUUUUCACAGUUUUAUUUCAACUGCCUUUUUUGUGUUUGAAAGAGACCCUGAAUCUUGUUUGUUUUAAAGAAGUGUACAGUUUGUAUGAUUGACAUAUACUUCAAUUUUUUUUGUACAGACUAAAGGAUUUACAAUGUCAGUCCAUCUUUUUCUGAUUUGUUUUGCUUCAAAAAGAAAUAAAAUACUGAAAUAUAAAAAUAAAGUUAAUUUAUUAUUUCA